AUGCGGGCGCAGCGCCCUGGAUGGAUGCUUCUAUGCAAAUGGGCGCAAGCCCUGCACACCCCGCCCCAGUUGCACCUGGAGGACCCAGCCAGCCGCUUACCAUGGUUGCACCAGCCAAUGCGUUUUCGGGAGAAGCAGGUCGUUAUCCGUGGUACCGUGUCGCGUUUGCCGGUGGAGUCGAUCUUCGCCAUGGACCCAGUGUUGAAGCACCUCGCACAGGAGAAACGCUUUGCCAAAAUGCAACUUUGGCAGUGGCUGAAGAAAUUCUUGGUGCUGAUGGACGUGUGUAUUUGCGACUUGCAGAUGGCAGAGGAUGGGCGUUCGAUGACUCGGCCUUGUUCCCGCAUGAUCCCUCCGUAG